GGUCUCUGAGUCUCCUCCAGCCUUCUGAGCUCACCCUUCCUUUGGAAUACUUUGCUGUUCACCAUGAGUCGCCAGGCCAGCUCCAGCCAACAGUCCUGCAGGUCUUCCAACGGCGGCCGCCAACAGGGCUUCAGUGGACACUCAGCUGUGGUGUCAGGCCAGAGUCGGGUCAGCUCCACAGCAUCCUCCUCGACCUCCCGCUCAGCGGGGGGCACUGGUGCAGCAGCUGCCUGUGCCAUGAUGGGAGGAGGUUUUGGCAGUAGGAGUCUCUACAACCUUGGGGGCAACAAGAAGAUCUCCAUCAGCGUGGCUGGAGGCAGCAUCCGGGCUGGAGGGUUUGGGGGGGCCAGUGCAGGAGGCUUAGGUGGUAGUGGCUUUGGAGGUGGUGGAAGAGGGAUGGGGGGCUUCUGUGGAAGAGCUGGUGGCUUUGGCGGAGGAGCUGGUGGCUUUGGUAGUGCUGGUGGCUUUGGUGGCCCCGGUGGCUUUGGUGGGGCUGGUGGCUUUCGUGGCCCUGGUGGCUUUGGAGGUCCCAGUGGUUUUGGUGGCCCUGGUGGCUUUGGUGGCCCUGGUGGCUUUGGUGGCCCUGGUGGUCCAGGUGGCUUCCCUGGGGGAAUCCAGGAAGUGACUGUUAACCAGAGCCUCCUGCAGCCCCUCAAUGUGGAGAUCGACCCCCAGAUUGGGCAAGUAAAGGCCCAGGAGUGGGAACAGAUCAAGACCCUCAACAACAAGUUCGCCUCCUUCAUUGACAAGGUGCGGUUCCUGGAGCAGCAGAACAAGGUCCUGGAGACCAAGUGGAGCCUCCUGCAGGAGCAGGGCUCGAGUUCUCACACCACCAACAACAAUCUUGAGCCUUUUUUUGAGAAUUACAUCAGUAGCCUCCAGGCCUUCCUGGAUGGGCUACACAAUGAGAAGGACAAAUUGCAGGAUGAGCUGAAGAGCAUGGAGGAGAUGGUGGAGGAUUUCAAGAAGAAGUAUGAAGAGGAGAUCAACAAACGCACAGCUGCAGAGAACGACUUUGUGGUCUUGAAGAAGGAUGUCGAUGCUGCCUACAUGAACAAAGUGGAGCUGGAGGUUAAGGUGGACAGUGUGACAGAUGAAAUCAACUUCCUGAAGGCCCUUUAUGAUGCCGAGCUGUCCCAGAUGCAAUCAGACACCAGCGACACCUCUGUGGUGCUGUCCAUGGACAACAACCGCUGCCUGGACCUGGACAGCAUCAUCACCGAGGUCCGUGCCCAGUACGAGGCGAUUGCCCAGAGGAGCAAGGCCGAGGCCGAGGCCCUGUACCAAACCAAGUUGGGAGAGCUGCAGACCACGGCUGGCAAGCACGGGGAUGACCUAAAGAGCACCAAGAGUGAGAUCAUGGAGCUCAACAGGAUGAUCCAGAGGCUGCGGGCUGAGAUCGAGAAUGUCAAGAAGCAGAAUGCCAAUCUGCAGACGGCCAUUGCUGAUGCAGAGCAGCGUGGGGAGGUGGCCCUCAAGGAUGCCAAUACCAAGCUCCAGGAACUCAAGGCCGCCCUGCAGCAGGCAAAGGAGGACCUGGCCCGCCUGCUGAAGGAGUACCAGGAGCUGAUGAAUGUCAAGCUGGCCCUGGACAUUGAGAUCGCCACCUACCGGACCCUCCUGGAGGGCGAGGAGUGCAGGAUGUCAGGAGAGUGCCAGAGUUCCGUGUGCGUCGAGAUGGUGCACACCAGCAGCAGCAGCGGCGGUGGCGGCAGCAGCGGGGCCCACGGAGGGCGCGCCUCCGGAGGAGGAGCCCCAGGAGGAGGAGCCCCGGGGAGAGGAGCCCUGGGAGGAGGCGCCCUGGGAGGAGGCGCCCUGGGAGGAGGCUCCCACGGAGGAGGCGUCCACGGAGAAGGAGCUGGGGGUCGCGGGGGCCUGGGCAGCGGGGGUCGCAGCGGCGCGGCAGACCGCGGGGGUCUGGGCUCGGGCACCGGCUCCUGCGGGAGCUCCGCGGUGCGCGGGAGCUUCUCCGGUUCCGGGGGCUCGGGCGCAGUCAGCGGGGUCGGCAGCAGCUCUGUCCGGGGCUCACAAAGCUCCUCCCAGAGCCAGCGGACCCACCACAAAUUCUGAAGGCGGCGCGGGAGGUGUCCCCAGCUCUCCCAGCUCUUUCACUGGCCGGCACACCCGUCCUCUUUCCCGAUCCUCCCGCCCCAGGCCUUUCCCAAAGCAUCUUCUGAGCAGCACCCCCGAGCACCCCCUUCACACACGACUGGCGCUGCAGCCCAAAAUUUGCAGGGAAGGAUGACUGGGCUGAAAAACCAUCUAUCCCCACAAAACCAGGUGGAGGAGCAGUGUCGAGGAGCUGGGCUGUGUCAGGGCCCCUGCCCCACAGGUGUCCCACCCCAGCCACAUGUCCCUCUGCCUUAUGGGAAAGCACCAGCCAGCCCGGAGCACAUCCCUUCCCCCACCCUUGUAGACAAGGGUGCCCUCGGUCCCCACCUCCUACUGGUGCUUUGAUUUCCUAUGAGCGGUACUUGUCCCUUCUUAGCUCCAAGAAAAUAAUUCUCUUCUGUAUCUUCAAUAAACUGCUUUGUUUCAGACA